ACCAAAUAAAAUGCAAAUAAAUUGAUGUAAGCAACUGUACUUCAAAUUAAGAUUUUGUUUUAGUUAUUUAUCAAACUAUUGUUCCCAAAGGCAAUAUUUAACAUCCAUGCUCAAAUGUACUGGUCAUUUAGAGCAGUUAAUUGUCAGGUUUAAAGCAUUUGAUGAUGAUCACAAUGAAACCAAAAUAAAAUGUGAUUACAUUAGAACGGACAAUUAAUGCACGUUUUGUUCUGUAUUUGAAUUCAAAUUUGCAUGCAAUGGACUUGGACUCCAAAUAACACCGGCUUUCUACUAUGUAUUGAUUAAUAUGAGUUUUUAGUGCAUAUAAGUUACUUUAUCACGCUUGUCUACUAGUCUUCUGUGUCGUUUCUCCAGUUCUCAGGUCACUCUUUUGAAUACCGGAAAUAGAUAAGAGUGGCACCUCUUCAUCUUUUCCACUAUCUAACCCAUCUAUCGGACAACCCGGUCCUUGGUUUCCAGAAGUAAAAUGCGACUCAUCGGCCGUACAUAAGCAGGAGUUUUAUUCUUAUUUUAAACUUUCAGCUAACGUUACUGUUACAAAAGCAAGUACGGUGUAGUUUAUCCGGCUCCAGUUUAUGUGAUAUCCCCCCGGGGGACUUUUAUCGUUGUGCAUUGUACACCAGGGCAACAUUAGCUGGGUGGAAGGAAACACAAAUAAAACGUAGACCAUCAGCUCUUAAAAGCCCUUCAGUUCUUCGUUACUUUGACCUGCCUCUCGCAACCUGUAUGGAAAUGGCUACUAAUCCUCCAGGACCAGCCGUCCCAAAUAAGGCACGAGUGGCGAUCCUGGCAGAGCUGGAGAAAGAGAGGAGACGGCUUUUGAGCACCCCCGGAGCGAGCAUCUCGCUGUCCAGGCCGAGUCUGAAGGAUUUCCGGGACAACGCAGAACAGCAGCACAUCGCUGCCCAGCAGAAAGCUGCCCUGCAGCAUGCACACACACACUCAUCGGGCUUCUUCAUCACCCAGGACUCCUCAUUCGGGAACCUCAUCCUCCCCGUCAUUCCACGCCUGGAGCCUGAGUCUUGACCUUUUUACCUUCCGUCGUCCUCCUGCCGCCCGGUGUGACACAAAGCAUUCAGACAACACACACACACACACACGCACGCACACCGGACCCACGCGUCCCCCGCUCUCCCCCGCUCGCCCCUCUUUUAAGUGUUUGAUUAUAAACGGACAGUGGUUUGUCCCAUCGUAAACGAUCUCAGGGGAGUGUCAAUCUGUCAUUUUUACAUUUUCCAGACCAACAGGCUGACUGCUGAAUUUAGGGAAGCUGUCAAAAGAAGUAGCAAGAAGGUUCUAGAAAGCUGUGUUACAUCCUGUGAAAUGGCGUGAGGGAUAAAAACAAGAUCACGGAAAUACUUUUAUUGCCAUCCUGCAUUUCUGCCUUUCACAGCGUUGAUCCACAAGAUACACUUUCGGUCAGGGUUUUACUUUUUCUUUUCUUUUUUUUUCAACAUUUGGAUAAUAAAAUUGCUACAUUCAUUAGA